AUGGACACAGGACUCACAAAGGAGAUCAGACAUAAGGCCUGGAGAGGCAGUUGGAUCCAGGCUCAGAGGCUCCUGGAGGGUCUUGAGGCUGGCUUACACCAGGCUGUGAGUGGUGGGGCCAGCUGGGUCCUGGCUCCUGGGUCAGGGCCUGGGAGAAGGGCCUCAGAGCUCCAGCCAACCAAUCCCAGGAAGGUGCUCCUAGCUCAGGGUCUCCUCCUGGAGUCUACACUGGAAGGGGCUCCUGAGUGAGCCAUGCUAUACCCUCAGGGGGCUGUCCUUUCGUACUCUGAGCACACACCAACCCUGCCCCACACAUUCACAGGGAGCCCCCACCCCGUGUGCUGCCCCAGCCGAGGGUGGGGUGGAAGCUGCUCUGUCCCCACUCUUUCUCCCACCUCCUCUCUCUGACCAUCUGGGCCCUGGAGCCCCAGGCUUGGAGCUGGGAUUAGAGAGGCUCAGUCUCAGAGCCAAAUAAAGCAACUAAUUUAA